AUGUUUUCCCCAAAUCACGUUUCGCGAGUCCGAACGCUUUAUAAGCUUAUAUUUCGUGUACACCGAGCUCUACCGGAUGAAUUGCGUAUCUUGGGUGAUAACUAUGCUCGCGAAGAAUUCAAACGCCAUAAAAAUUGCAAUCCCGCAGAAGCGAAGAUUUUUCUUACUGAAUGGACUGAUUAUGCAAUUAAUAUAGCUAAACAAACAAAACCACUAUAUCAAGUGAAAAAGAAAACUGUGGGCAAAUAUUUAGACCCCAAGGUGUUGGACUAUAUGAGUGAUGAACAAUUAGUGCAAUUAUAUGAAUUACACAAAGCUGCCUCAUUAGAGCCUGAAGAAGGUUCAAAUAAAGUAAAGGAGAAGAGUAAUAAAGACAGUAAUGGCAGC